AAAAAAGUCAAGUAUAGAAGCAUCUGUCUGCAUCAGAGCGGGGUACCGCACUGUGGCAGCCAUGGAGUCCGGUGGGCUAAUCGCGCCAUCCGAGACAUGUUCGUCCGACGGUCGUGGCGGCGGCGGCGGCGGCUGGCGCGCCGCGCGCUUCCUCAUCGCCGUCGGGUUCCUGGAGCGCAUCGGGUUCAACGGCGUGCAGGGCAAUCUGGUGAUGUACCUGACCGGGCCGAUGGGCAUGUCGACGGCGGCGGCGGCCGCCGGCGCCAACGCCUGGGGCGGGACCGUGCUGGUGCUGACGCUCGUCGGCGCGCUCGCCGCCGACUCGCGCCUCGGGCGGUACCGCGCCAUCGUGGCCGCCGGCGUGCUCCAUCUCCUGAGUUUGGGAAUGCUGACGAUCUCAUCAGUGAUGCAACCAAAUCAUCCUCACCCGGCGAGCUGCCAUGACGCAGCCGCCGCCUGCUCGCCGUCGCCGCCGCCGCCGCCAUCUCUCGCCCGCCUCGUCUUCUUCCACGCCGCGCUCUACCUGCUAGCGCUGGCGCAGGGCUUCCACAACCCGUGCUCCGAAGCCUUCGGCGCCGACCAGUUCGCGGCGAGCGACCCCGGCGCGCGCGCGUCCCGGAGCUCCUACUUCAACUGGUACCAGUUCUUCAAUUCCUUCGGCUAUGGCAUCUCCAACACCGCGCUCAGCUACGUCGAGGACAGCGUCAGCUGCACCGUCGGGUUCGCCGUGUGCUUGGCCACGACGGCGGUGUACCUCCCCAUCUUCUUGCUCGGCACGCGGGCGUACCGCGCCGAGCAACCCGUCGACGGCGCCCUGCUCGCGCGCCUCGCCAAGACGUCCUCCUCGGCGGCGCGUGCGUGGACGGCGAGGGUGUUUCGCCGGAAGGAUACCUCUUGCACAGAACGGCUUCUGGCGAGGGAAGAGGUAGGCGAGAAGGGGUUCCUUGCCAAGUUGCUUCCGAUCUGGGUGACCAGCAUAGUGUUCGCCAUCGUCAGCGCGCAAGAGGUCACCCUGUUCAUCAAGCAGGGCAGCACAAUGGACCGGCGCAUCGGCGCGCGCGGGGGCCUCGUCGUGCCGCCCGCUGCUCUGCAGUCCAUUGUCAGCGUCAUCUUCCUCACCUUCGUGCCGGUCUACGACCGCGCCCUCGUGCCGCUCGCGAGGCGCUUCACGGGGCACCCCGCGGGCAUCACCACGCUCCAGCGCGUCGGCGUCGGCAUGGCCAUGUCCUGCCUCGCCAUGGCCGUGGCGGCGCUCGUCGAGGCCAAACGGCUCCGCGCCGCGAGCGACGCCGGCCUGAUCGACCGGCCGGACGCGACGGUGCCGAUGGGCGUGUGGUGGCUGGUGCCGCAGUACGCCCUCGUCGGCCUAUCGAAGGUGUUCGGCAUCAUCGGGCUCGACGAGUUCUUCUACGACCAGGUGCCCGACGACCUGCGCAGCGUCGGGCUCGCCAUGUCCCUGAGCGUGCGCGGCGUCGGGAGCUACGCUAGCGGCGUGCUCGUGUCGGCGAUCGACUGCGCGACGAGGAGCGGGGGAGAGAGCUGGUUCUCCGACAACCUCAACCGCGCGCACCUCGACUACUUCUACUGGAUCCUCGCCGCGCUCGCCGCUUUGGAGGUCGCCGUGUUCGUCUACAUCGCGAAGCGAUACGUCUACAAGAACAAAGGCGAUAUCGAGAGUUCUUCCAAAAAAAAGAAGAAGAGGCGGCUAAAAGUAUCCAAGCAUCUGUCUGCAACUCUGCAUCAUAGCGGCCGGGGUGCCACUCUGCAGUCUCUCACUGUGCUGGACAUGGAGUCCGGCGGGAUACUCCCACCAUCCGAGACAUGCGCCGGCUCCGGUUCACCGGACGGCCGCGGCGGCUGGCGCGCCGCGCGCUUCCUCAUCGCCGUCGGGUUCCUGGAGCGCAUCGGGUUCAACGGCGUGCAGGGCAACCUGGUGAUGUACCUGAGCGGGCCGAUGGGCAUGUCGACGGCGGCGGCGGCCGCCGGCGCCAACGCCUGGGGCGGGACGGUGCUGGUGCUGACGCUCGUCGGCGCGCUCGCCGCCGACUCGCGGCUCGGGCGGUACCGGGCAAUCGUGGCCGCCGGCGUGCUCCAUCUGCUGAGCUUGGGCAUGCUGACGAUCUCAUCAGUGAUGCAACCAACGCACCAACACCCGGUGAGCUGCCAUGACGCCGCCGCCGCCUGCUCGCCGCCGCCACCGCCAUCGCCAUCUCUCGGCCGCCUCGUCUUCUUCCACGCCGCGCUCUACCUGCUUGCGCUGGCGCAGGGCUUCCACAACCCGUGCUCGGAAGCCUUCGGCGCCGACCAGUUCACGCCGCCGAGCGACCCUGGCGCGCGCGCGUCCCGGAGCUCCUACUUCAACUGGUACAACUUCUCCAGUUCCUGCGGCUACGCCAUCUCCAACACCGCCAUGAGCUACGUCGAGGACAACGUCAGCUGGACCGUCGGGUUCGCCGCGUGCUUGGCCACCACGGCGGUGUACCUCCCCGUCUUCUUGCUCGGCACGGCGGCGUACCGCGCCGAGCAACCCAUCGACGGCGCGCUGCUCGCGCUGCUCGCCAAGAAGUCCUUGUCAGCCACGCGCGUGUGGACGGCGAGGGUGUUUCCCCGGAAGGACGCCAUUUGCACGGAACGGCUUCUGCUGGCGAAAGAAGAAGAGGUAGAACAUGGCAAGGGUUUCGUCGUCAAGCUGCUUCCGAUCUGGGUGACCAGCAUAGUGUUCGCCGCCGUCAUCUCGCAGCAGGUAACGCUGUUCACCAAGCAGGGCAGCACGAUGGACCGCCGCGUCGCCGUGGGCGGGGGCGUCUUCGUCCUGCCGCCCGCCGCGCUGCAGGACGUCAUCAGCGCCACCAUGCUCACCGUGCUGCCGGCCUACGACCGCGCCCUCGUGCCGCUCGCGAGGCGCUUCACGGGCCACCCCGCGGGCAUCACCACGCUCCAGCGCGUCGGCGCCGGCAUGGCCACGUGCUGCCUCCACAUGGUCGUGGCGGCGCUCGUCGAGGCCAAACGGCUCCGCGCCGCGAGCGACGCCGGGCUGCCGGCGGACGCCACCGUGCCGAUGAGCGUGUGGUGGCUGGUGCCGCAGUACGCCCUCGUCGGGCUAUCGAAGGUGUUCGGCGUCAUCGGGCUCCAGGAGUUCUUCUACGACCAGGUGCCCGACGACCUCCGCAGCGUCGGGCUCGCCAUGUCGCUGAGCGCGCAGGGCGUCGGGAGCUACGCCAGCAGCGCGCUCGUGUCGGCGAUCGACUGGGCGACGACGAGGAGAGGAGGAGAGAGCUGGUUCUCCGACGACAUCAACCGCGCGCACCUCGACUACUUCUACUGGCUCCUCGCCGCACUCGCCGCAUUGGAUGUCGCCGUUUUCGUGUACAUUGCAAAGCGAUAUGUCUACAGGAACAAAGACGAGCAAUGAUUCUUCUGUUUUUUUUUAUAUAUAUAUCUGAAAAAUGGUUCGCAUGGGGAAGAUCAGAAGAUGUAUGCUAGUGUAGUUUGAACAUACAUUGCAUUUUCGCAGCAUUUGCAUGUAUAAUUAUAGUCCUAUUGAAAAUGCAUGUGGUUGUAUAAUUUGACAUGCUAGGACAAUCCAAUGCUAUUUUUUUUUUCCUGUUCGCAUGUUUCGAAAAUCUUGUGUUCCAAAUGUGCAUUAAAAGGAGCAAACCAACUUGCAA